CUAACCCCAAGAUCUGGUCCCCAUACCCACCACCCUCUGCCGCAAACCAUCUACACAUCCUCACCAUCCUCCUCCGAUGACACCGGUUUCGGCUAUAGCCCUAACUCACCUUUUGCGAACUCUUCAUCACCCCCGGCGUCCUUGACUAAGUCGCACGAAACGCCUCGUCUACAAGGGCAUCGUCCGUGAAUUAGUAAGGCUUUUCUCUAGACCGGUUCCGGCAGGGAGAACCUCGAGUUUAACGUCCGCUGGACCUGCCGGAACCUUGCCAUCGUCAGUAGUUUAGCAUCUAGAUCAAUGGUGGAUUUUGCAUAUGAUGAUAAUGGCUCCCCAAUAUUGGCAGUCAGUAGUUUCUAUUCAUUCUAAGCCACCUUUGGGCCCUUUGUGUACUAUGGCCAGUCACCUUCGGGUUCUGCAGCUUCUGCUUGUAUUAUGAUUAGGUGGGUUGAUUAUUUCACUUGAAGCGUGAUGGAUCGUUAUCAAGAUUCUAGGACAACAUCGGGACGGGGUCAGUCUGGACGUCGAUCUGGUGGCCGAUCGAAAUCGGGCCAUGGUGGGUGUUCCACAUCAGGCCGAGGUCCAUCCACCUCGAAUAUUCAUUAAAGAUCCGGUGACAACUCUGCAUCAAUACCAAAUACUGUGACGGAUUUGGGAAUGCCUCCUUGUAUACAUCCAAGCAUUCAACCAACAACAACAAUGACUCCCGCAUCACCAAUAACGCAACCUUCACCAGCUAUACCAGUAGCGCAACCUCCCCCAAUUCCACAUGGAGAGACUUCUAUCCAUGCAUCUGAUGACUACUCCCCGGCAAUGGAAGUGCCAUCCAAUGAGUCUGAGAGCACUGGACCCCCUUGGUUGAUCACCCUGGAUAGUUUAAUUGUAGAUUAUGAAGUUAAGAGAGCAAUAGAUGAAUUGGUGAAAGGUCACUAUAAAGAGGCAUGGACUGGAUGGGGGAAAGUGCCCAAAGAUGUGAGGCAAAGGAUAUUCACUGCUUUUAAGGGCAUUUAUACAUGGGAGCCACAGCAUGAGUCGUCAGUGUUACGACAUUUCAGCCAUGAAGCUAGUGAAUGGCUGAAAAAAAAUCUAUAUCUUGCACAUAAAUUGUAUAAGGCUCCAUUUCCAUGGAUGGGUCCUGUAGUUUGGGAGGGUUUGCAGAGAUAUUGGGAGUUAGAGGAGUUUAAGAGAAUAAGUGAAAAGAACAAACAAAAUAGGCCAGAAAUUGGAAGCUCCUCCACUGUUAUUUAUCGUGGUGGAUCUGUCAGUACUGCUGUGCACCGUCUUAGACUGGCGGAGGAAUUGGGUAGGGAGCCGACACCUAAAGAAUGUUUUAUCCGGACUCAUGGAAAGAAAGAUAGCACACUUGAGGCUGGGCGUGCCACAAAAAUUGUUGAACAAUUUGAGAAAGCUAUUGUGAGACAAAUGCGGUCAAGGCGUAGAUGA